GGAAGAUCGCGCUAGGGUUUUUAACGGCAGAUUUCAAUCGGAUCAAAGAUGGGGGAAUCACCGGCGAUUAUUCCAUGAGGAUUAUUGGAGAGGCCCUCGAAGUCUGUACAGAUCCAAUCCACACCUAGGAGAAGCAAUUUGGUGUCACAGUGGUAUUCAGAAUUCGCGAGGAAUCCGCAGAGACAAGAGACAUCAGAGACGUUUUGGUACAUGGCCGGAGAACAAUUUCUUCAGACAUUAGAGGAACCGGACUCAUCGCUGGGACAGGGAUGAACACAGUCAGUUGUUCUACAAAGGGAGGCAACCUACUAGUAUCCCUGGUUUUCAAACUGAGGGUAGGCGAUGGCACUCUCGCACAAAUCAACGAAUCAAAUGCAUAGAUCAGAAAAGGAAUUCUGAAAGUCUUCAGGGAGGAGACAGUGGGUUUCCAAGACAGAGAAAGGAAACGCUGGCCCUGAGGACAGUAAGGAUGCAGUUUUUGAUGCUUAUGUUUGUCCAUUCUCAGGUAAUUCCGGCCUAUUCUCGGUUAAGAUUGAAAGUAAAAGGUAUGACUUUCGUUUCGAUGGUGAACUUAACAUCUCAGAAUGCAAAAAUGGGAUAGUGCGUACAGUGUCUUUAUCAUUAAUCUUGGUUUCAUGGAUGAUUGAGAGUUUAGAGCAAUUGUUAUGGGUAGAGGGAAAUUGGUCACUGUGUAGAUUUGAUACCAGUGACUGUUUGAAGAUCAACUGGCUCAAGAACACAAAUGGGGAUUUUAUUAAACUUGAAUCAAUAUUUAAGGGGGUUAGGUCCACAAUUUGUAUUCCAACAGGUCGAAGACACUCGAACUUAACUGUUUUCAUUAAGGCAGUCCAAACGGCUAUAGCUUCCAUUACUCAUGAUUUGGAGAAUAGAUCACUCGAAUGCAAGGAAGAGCAACCAAAUAGUCAAAUAGUGGAAGAUAUUAUAGUUUCUGGUCACACUGCAAUUCCAAGCAAAGAGGAGACUUCUAGUACCCAGCAUUAACUAGAUAUUCUAGACGGUCAAGAUGGUUUGGAAGCAGUUGCAGGUACCAUGCGUUCAGUAGAGCCUUUCCGCUUGAACUCCGAUGAACAACUUAUUGUAGAUGGUCAGCUUAAGAUAGCUCCGGAAGUGCAGGACCCAUGUCUGGAUGAACCUAUUCUAACAGAGAUUAAUUUAUUAAUGAUCGAUGAAAUAGAAGAUGAAUCGGCAAGAGGUGAUCUACAAAAAGAAUAUGAGCUUCUUUUUCCUUUGUUUGAACAACAUAUUAGUGAUGAUUUUGAGAAAGCUCUUUGGGUCAUUAAAGAAGCAAUUCGCUUCCCUUUCGUCAAGGAGAAGAUUUAGAAGGGCCUCGUUAAGACACUAGAGGGUAAGGCACUCAAACCUACAAGGGAUGCUAUGAAGAGUGCGCAAUCCAUUCGGGCAAUUAAGUUGAGAGGUACACGACAUCCGGUUCUGUUGUGCUGUGCAAACAUCGACGAACCAAUAAUAAGGACCAUGUGUGGUCACCUCAUUGACUAUGAGUGAUCGGGAGGAUAUCUUGGGAUCAUUGAGCCUCAUAGACUUCCUGCUUCCCUUUACCUUCCCUUUGUUUUUGGCUAUUCUUGUUAUUUUAAUUGUUGGAAUCAGGUGGAGGUACUGUCCUAUACGACUGCUGGUUCUUUGUUGAUGUACAGGUUUUAUUAUUCUUAGGGAGUGGCAUAUCGUUGGUCUUCUCUAUCCACGGACGUGGAGGUCAGAUUUAUAAGGCUAUUUACAUUUUGGUUUGUGCUAGUGAGGAUUCAAUAUGGCUAAAGUAUCAAUGUCCUUUGGUGGUUGAGUUAGAGGAUAAGUGUAGACUCAUUGUGUUGGCAUGGGGUUUAUACAUUGCUGAAUCAAUGGAGACAUUCAAAGAGGUUAGGCGUAUUGGAGCAUGCUAGGGGUACACUCCAUUUGUCCCCCAUCUCCUUCUCCACCACCUAUUUUUAUUUAAUUUUUAUUUAUUUAAUUUUUUUUUUUUGAAGUUUUUACCCAUUUAUGUGGUGGAGGAGGGGAUGAGAGACAAAUGGGGUACACCUUUGGUGUACCUUAGCAUUUUUUGAAAAUGAAUCAUUUGGUCAUAAGAUAAAAGAUUGUCAUCCACACUAUCCAAAAGUAUAAUGCGUGGUCACUAAUGGCCUUCUUUCAUAAAUCAUACGGAGUUUUGAAGGCAAGCUGCCCCUCAAUAAUGUUGGGUAACUUCCCUGAAAGGAAGAUUUUGGUGAUUGAAUUCCAAAAAAGCUAAAGCAUUUCCAAUCAGUGACAAAGGAAGUCGGCGACUUCCUUUGAGAAAAAAAAGAAAUUACGUGUUCCCAAUCCCUUCUCCCAUUAUUCCAUCCUUUCUUCCCUAUUUUAUUUAAACCAUUCAACCUCUUUUAAAAUUCAACCAUUAAAUUACCCUACCCCUUUCCCCUUUUCACACAUUCCAACCUCUUUUCAAAUUCAAACACUCUCCUCCCCUUUCCAACACAUUAUCUUUAAUUUAUACCUUUUAAAUUUCUUCCUUAUUCAAAUCAUCUAAAUUUUAUCAUAAUUCACAACACAACACAUCUCCAUUCUACUCUCAAUUGAAAGGUAUGUUUCAUUACAAUAUGCCCUGAAACGCGCAAUCAUUGACGCGAUGUUCAUCGACCACUCCGUAAUGAGGGAGACGAGCCAUAUGGCGCACGGUCGUAUGGACUCCGUACAAUUUGGCACUCCUAGCAUCCAGGAUUUUCAAAAACACAUGGAAGAAAUCAAAAGUAUAAAUGAGACCGCAUAUGCUUGGCUUGCAAAAAUUCAACCUGAAUUUUGGACGCUUAGUCAUGAUGGCGGUCAUCGAUGUGGGAUACUUACUACCAACAGUUCAGAGAGCUUCAAUAACAUGUUGAAGGGUUGUCGGAUGCUACCUGUAACUGCUAUUGUCACAAUGUCGUAUAAUAAACUCAUUGAUCAGUUCGAGACACGACGUAAAGAAUGUUUUGCAUGGCAGAGGAAAAAUUGUUUAUUUACUCCUAAAAUCACAAAGAUUUUUCAGAAGCGCGAAAAAGAUAAACAACUUUUUCAAGCUGUGCAUUACGGGGGGCAAGAAUAUGUGGUAAGCAGAACAUCGAGGUCUAAUCUAGGUAACAUCUAUAGCUUUUUAGUGGAUUUGGGAAGAAAAACAUGUACUUGCGGACAGUGGAGCAGCGAUGGUAUUCCAUGUGUGCAUGUUCACGGACUGUAUCAUUCUUUUCGACAGUUGGCUGACGACGAAAUCUCUUCAAUGUAUUCAGUUGAACAAUAUAUGAGAUGUUACAAUGUACACAUCAACCCUGUGCUUUUCCUGCAACAAUCAGUUUACGGGAAUUUACGUAUUCUACCUCCAGUUAGGCCCGCUGAAAAAAUUUCUCGGUCUGGUCGUCGACAGCGAAAUCGAUUCUUGGGAGAGAUGGACAGAGUUGCAAGGCAUCAAAACUGAAUUCUCACAUUUCUUGGGAGAGAUGGAGAGAGUUGCAAGUCAUUAAAAAUCAUUUGUUUUU